AUGGAACCCACCAACAUGUCAUAUCUGAACCCAAGGACACUGAUCCUGAUUGGGAUCCCUGGACUGGAGCACGUACAGUUUGGGGUUGGCUUUCCCAUCUUUGGCUUGUGCCUUGUGACCCUGCUGGGGAACAUCUUCUUGCUAAUCAUUAUCUCUACAGAACGCAGUCUACACGAACCCAUGUACAUCUUCCUGGCAGUAUUGGCAGCCACUGACCUAGGUCUCUGUGUAACCAUUGCUCCUAAAAUGUUGGCCAUCUUCUGGUUUGGCUCUUGCUUAAUGGAUUUUGAUGUCUGUCUCACCCAACUCUUCUUCAUUCACGCCUUUCAGGGCAUGGAAUCUGGCAUUCUGCUGGCGAUGGCCUUCGAUCGCUAUGUUGCCAUCUGUGAUCCUUUGAGGCACACCUCCAUCCUCACCCCUUCUGUUUUGGGUCGCAUGAUAGUGGUGGUGGCAAUUCGAGCUAUAGUGCUGGUUGGUCUAUUACCCUGUCUAAUCAAAAGACUGCAUGUUUUCCAUUCCAUUCACAUUGCCCACUCUUACUGCGAGCACAUGGCUGUGGUUAAGCUGGCUGCAGAAGACAUUCUAGUCAAUAAGAUAUGUGGUCUCUUUGUGGGCUUUACCAUUCUUGGAUUUGACAUGGUUUUUAUCCUUGUAUCUUAUGUUCUAAUUUUCCAAGCUGUUUUUCAUCUACAACAAAAGGAGGCACGGCUUAAAGCAUUUAACACAUGCACAGCUCAUAUUUUUGUCUUCCUUGAAUUUUAUAUUCUUGCCUUUUUCUCUUUUUUCAGCCAUCGUUUUGGACAUGUUGCCCCGUCUACCCACAUUCUUUUGUCUACUAUCUAUCUCCUUGUGCCACCUGCACUCAAUCCUAUUGUCUAUGGUGUAAAAAAUAAGGUAAUUUUUAACCGUGUGGCAAAGUUUUUCUUCUGA